UCUGACCCGGUGUCUCGUCUCUCCGUCUUCCUGUUCCAAACCACGUGGACGCGCCGGGGGCUGCGGGGCUACGGGAGAGAGCCCGGGUCGCCACCGCCGCUGUCGCCGCCGCCGCCGGGGUCGCGACCCCCGCGCCCGUCCGAAGUCGCCGCGCCCCGGCCGCCCGCGCCUUUGCGGAGGGCGCGCACAUGGCGACCCAGGCGCACUCCCUCAGCUACGCGGGCUGCAACUUCUUGCGCCAGCGACUGGUCCUGUCCACCCUGAGUGGGCGCCCCGUCAAAAUCCGGAAGAUUCGGGCCAGAGACGACAACCCGGGCCUCCGAGACUUUGAAGCCAGCUUCAUAAGGCUGUUGGACAAAAUAACUAAUGGUUCUCGGAUUGAAAUAAACCAAACAGGAACGACGUUGUAUUACCAGCCUGGUCUCCUGUGUGGUGGGUCUGUGGAACAUGACUGUAAUGUCCUUCGCAGCAUUGGCUAUUACCUGGAGAGUCUUCUUUGCCUGGCUCCAUUUAUGAAGCACCCGUUGAGAAUCGUUCUGCGAGGAGUAACCAAUGACCAGGUUGACCCUUCGGUUGAUGUCCUUAAGGCAACAGCCCUCCCUCUGUUGAAGCAGUUUGGAAUUGACGGUGAAUCAUUUGAGCUAAAGGUGGUGCGGCGGGGAAUGCCUCCUGGAGGAGGAGGGGAAGUGCUCUUCUCGUGUCCCGUAAGGAAGGUCCUCAAGCCUGUCCAGCUCACAGAUCCAGGGAAAAUCAAGCGGAUCAGAGGGAUUGCCCUUCUUAAACUUGUUACAUCGUGUUUUGUGAUCUGCCGUGUGAUCCCGGAGAAUGUUCCAUGUGCACAUAAGAAGAAUGGAAAAACCGAGGCUUCACAGGCUGAAGGAAUUUGCAUCCACAUCACACUGUUCAUAAUGGCAGGGCUGGGAUUUGAGCCCUGUCUUAUUGCAGCCCAGUCUUUGAACCUCUGCUUUUUCUUAGCAGAAGGGAGGGCAUUUGGAUUGAGCCUUGAGGAACAGAGGCCUGUGAAGUGGAGCAAGGAAGGGGUGCUUCAGGCAGGCGUGUGGGCUUCUGCGCACGCAGUGGUGCACCCUGGUUCUGGGAGUGGCAGGCCGUGCGGUGUGGCCUGAGGGCAGGUCUGUCACCGGUGUUCGGUAGUAGAAGAUGGGAUGUGAAAGAUAGGGCCGGAGCCAGUGAAGAUUGAAGGCCAUGCUGACCAGUUGGCUUUCAUUCCGAAGUCUGUAAUUUUCUAGAGAGAGAAUUUCCAUAGUAAGAGGAUAACGUCGGUGGUGCUGAAAGAACUUCCGGCUGCGCUUGGCUCAUUGUAGAAACUUUGGAAGGUACAAGUGUACCUUGUACCUAAUGGUGACCACUUAGAGGCAAAGAUACUAGGGAGUCAUUUUGCCCGAAGAGGAUGGUGAGGGUAGUGGCUGGAGCACAGGUGAGGGCUGCAAGUUUACAGAGAGCUUGGGGGCAGCAUGCGUGGGAAGCCGUCCCCACCUGGCUCUGUGAUAGAGGGAUAAGGAGUCCUUGAGGAUGAUUCUGCUGUGUGCCCUGGCACCUGGAGAGAGAUGUACAUUCUGAUAGUAGCUACAUGUUUGGGGCAGUGUAAGGUGGGGUGGGGGCAUUGGUGAUACUUCAGUUUUCUUCCUCUUGGGUUUGAGAGCCCUUCACAAUGGUUACAGGGAGAUAGGUCUAGAAAGGAAAUUAGAAAUGUACAUCUGUAACUUGGGGGUGAGGUGAGAGCCAGAAGUGGGUGACUUGGAGUCAGCUAUCAUGUAGAAUGCGGAGAGAGGCAGGUGGAUCCCUGAGACAUCACGAAGACUUGAAAGCAAAAGCAAAAUGCUCCCAGGAAGGGGGACUAGGGAGAGUCAGGCAGUUGAGAGGAGAAUAAAGAAAACGUAGCUUCUUAACCAUCUGAGCCACCCAGGCACCUAAGAAAACGUAGCUUCUUAGAAGCCCUGAGGAGCCCAGAGGAGUCAGCGUUAGGAUGGAGGACAUUCUGGGCAGCACACGGCUGGGGAGGAGCUCCUUCCAAAGAGGAGGAGCCAGCCCUGACGACCAGUUCUGGGGAAAUGGUGCAAUGUGGGGGCUGCUCUGAAGAAUCUUGACAGGAUGGGGCGCCUGCGUGGCUCAGUUGGUUGAGCGACUGCCUUCGGCUCAGGUCAUGAUCCUGGAGUCCCGGGAUCGAGUCCCGCAUUGGGCUCCCUGCUUGGCAGGGGGUCUGCUUUUCCCUCUGACCCUCCUCCCUCUCAUGUGCUCUCUCUCUCUCUCUGUCAUUCUCUCUCUCAAAUAAAUAAAUAAAUAAAAUCUUUAAAAAAAAAAAAAGAGAAUCUUGACAGGAAAGAGAAGCAGGAGGAAGGAAAGGUGGGAACUUGCCACAGGGAGAGAGUUGAGAAGAUCCCCUCCCUUCUUAAAGAGAAGGUUGAUGGUGAUGGUGGUGAUGGGAGUACUUCCGUUGUCUGAGUAGAGUAGACCUCUAGGAGGGGGGGACGCUGAGGAAGCGGGGUAACACUAACAAGGUGCUGGGUUCAGGUGUGGGUUCCGACUCUGGCCUUGCUGCCCAUGGAUGGCAGGAUUUCGGCCCCACGCCUUGGUUGACUCCCUUCUAACCGGGCGCAUUAAAACCGCGGUGUGGGGCUGCAGCGAAGGUUGGACAAGGUAGUAGAUGUAGAGGGCGAGGCACCUGGCUGUUGUGUGAGGAAGCGUUUGGUGCGUCGCAGCUAGUAUUGUUUUUAUUAUUAUUUGGGAGGGUGUGGGUCGGAGAUGGCUCUAGAUUGAGCCACCUGGAGGUGAUCGGAAGGGGGUUGGGAGCAGUUCUCAUUUUUCAAGAGUUAGGAGGGGAUCAUGGAUAAGGGCAUUAGCGGAAGGAUGAUAAGACCGUGUGACAGGUGUAAAAGUGUGCUGUCACAGUGGGGCAUAGCAGCUGAAGGGAAGACCAAGGCUGGGGGACAGCAGUAAAGGGCUCAGCUGAAGAUGAGAUUUUAUCAUUGUGUCGGCUGGGUGGCCAUGUGGCCACGUCCGGCAGCAGUUGGCAGCCCAGAGGGAGGGGACGGGAAGGCCAGAGGGUCAGUUUCAUCCGGGGCUGGGUACGGUGGCAGAGAGUGACUGGUGCAGUAGGAUGGGUAGAGGGACAUCUGGUCAAGGGAUUGGAACGCUUACCAGAUUCAAAGAUUGAAUGUAAAUAGCUCUAAAGAUGGAGUGGCAGUAGGUAUGUGUGCUGGGCAGACGAACAAGAACUUGUGUUGGGGGAAUUGUAUUUUGGGGUUUCAGAUAUUAAAAGUAGUAAAAUUCUGGGUGCCGAUCUGGGGGAGGGCAGGCGUUGGAGGCCAGGGGGCUGGUUGGGGUUGGGUGAUGGCUUUCCUGGUGGGACUUUGACAAAGGGGGUAGAUCAGGGUGUGUGCUUCUCAGGGGUGGGUUAGGUGCUAAAAAGUCAAGUUUUGUGUUUCUCAGGAGGUUUUGGGGUGGUCCUACUUGGAGGAGAAGUAUGGAGGGGCCUUGAUGAGCUUGAACAGUGAGUGGUGAGGGGAAUAGGGUGGUCGGCACAGCCACAGGCACAGAAAGCCGUUGUUGAGAUAAAAGGGUGCUGCCUGAAGUUUGUAGAAAUCCUCAAGAUAAGAGGAAUGUAAAACAGAGCUUCCCUGGACGGCGGCCUGUUCUCUCUGCUCGGCUCUCCUGGGGUGUGUCUCAGGGCCAUUCCCCGGUAAAAAUGAGAGAGUGGGCAGCGGGGGGAGAUACAGUUCCUGUCCUGGGAGACCCCAGAUUGACGCAUGUGGUUAAACUGACUUUCUAAGGUGAUGUUCUCCAUAGAGAAAUGGAAAUGCAAGUAGGUAGGGUUUUUUUUUUCUUUUUUUCUUUUUAACCAAAUAUGCCUUUUCUACUUGACCCUUGGCACUUACUCAAUCUCAUUCUCGCUAACAGGCGCACUGUAUUUUACCAUAUAAAGAAGCCAGGAUGAAACCCUGCUGGUGGUCAUUGACUUGCUUUCCAUUUUCCUCUGUUGCUGAACAUGCAGUUGACGGCCUUGCACGCAAAAUCCUAUGCACGCUCUGGACUGAGUUUGUUUUUACUCAUUUGAGAUUUGUUCCCUUUAAUAGCUCUAGCGUGGUGGUGAACUCUGCUUGGAAUCCAUUCCCUGUAGUCUGGAAAUGUGAUUUCCAGAGUGUGCUGUUUGUUUUGACACAGUCUUGUGGUAACUAUGUAGGUUUCACAGAGACUGCCUCCUGGGGUCCCACGGUACUAGGAGUACUGGGUGUGCAAAAGCCUCAUGAAUUAGCCUUCGAUGAGGACGCUGAGAAAUGGAGAAGCCUUGGGGGUCGCACAGAGGAGGACACAAAAGAGCCCCACGCACUGGGGUGUAACUUUGUUCCUCCGUGGCUUCUCCCUCUGGUGUUCUUUAAGCCUUCCCGGUAUAGAACCAGUGCCAGGAAGACACUGGAGAGCCCCUUGCUUGGGGCUGGGGCUCGGACACCUGAAUCUUCCUGACACAUCAGACCUGCAGAGUCUUCCUCCCAAUUCCCCAGGAAAGUAGAUACAAGUGGCCUUGCUCAGAUUCUUGUCUGCAAACCAGACAUUCCAGCUGCUGGUCUCCAGAGCUGCCCCUUUCACAAACACCUCAGUGGAAUGUGGGUUUGAACUGAGAUCACCUUCUUGGCCAGUUUUGGGGCCUGGGAAAAAAGAGCUGCUUUGGAAAAAAGCUUUAGCUGGUUUUAUAGGUUUUUUUUACUUGCAAGUCUGGUUAACUGUUGGUCUGAGCUUGGAGGUUGCGUUCCCCAUAGGAGGGCUUGGGUCAGGAGAACUGGCCCUGCUCUUGUGGGUGGUUGUGGCUUUAACUGAGUUACCCCCCAGAGCGCAUCUUUUCCCUCUUGGACCGGCUGUCCAGGGCGUGGGAGGGAGCCGGUGUUGGUUCCUGCCAGCAGCAGUGACUGGACAGUGUGGUUACCUUUUAUUUAAUGCCACCCACUCUCAUUCUCCCCCUGCCUGAGGAGGGGGGUGGGGAGAAGGGAGCACUCUCUUUUCAGUUUGUGGCACUAUCCCAGAAGCUCAUGAUCUGGUACAUAAGAGUCAAAUGAAGAAGCUGGGGUAGAGACAGAAGAUGGGAGUGAGCUGGAAUUUGUAGGACAAACUGGUUUCCUUUCUCUGAUUGUAGGGCAGGUACUUAGAGAAUCAGCCUCUUUGUCUCUACACACACACACACACACACACACACACUUUUGCUCACUUGUGUGUACUUUCUCUGACCUGGGACACCAGGGAGGGAUAAGGGUAGGAGUUCCAUAUGGCCUGUAGCUGUGAAAUUGUCUCUCUUGGAUAUGAGUUCCUAAUAUGGUAUUCAUAUAAGGGCUUCAGGAGAUUCACAGUCCCCUGAAAUUGUCUGCAAAAUGACAUGUGCAUAGCUUUCAUCAGAUUCCCAGAGGGGUCUCUGAUUUCUGAAAGGAUAGGAACCUCUGCUUUGGGGUUUGAAUCUUGGACUAACUGCAAGAAAAGCAAUAGCCGGCGUUCAUUGGGCUCUUACCUCACACCAGGCACCACUAAGCACUUUACAUGCAUUAUUUCAUUUGAGCUUCCAAACCUUGGGAGGAGAAUGUUGUGAUUAUUCUUCUCUUACUGAUGAGGAGGUGGACACACACCAGACCCAGAAUGAUGCAGUUUGCUGGAGCUGGCACUUGAGUACAGAUGGUCUGAUUCUAGAACUCUUAGCCAUUCCUUGGUAGGUCCUUCACACCAAGCCGGAUGGUUCCAUGGUGACUCUGGCAUAUAGCCACCUUGUCCAUCUCCACUGCCAGGAUUCUGGUAUAGGACUCCACUGGCCCUGAGUUGGUACAGUU